AUGACGACAAUAGUUAUAGAACCGAGGGGUAAUCUGCUGAUUAAUUUUGUAUAUGCAAAAUGCUCCCAAGCUGAACAUAGGGAUCUUUGGGACCAUCUGAAAGGACUGUCGAACACCACUGAGGCCUGGGUGGUGAUGGGGGAUUUUAACAUAAUUCGUUAUGACAUGGAAAGAGUGGGGGGUAGGCCUAGACCUCCCUCAGCAAUGGAAGAGUUUAACGAGUGUAUCAAUGGCUGUAGUCUAAUGGAUCUACCAUUAGUUGGGAGACAAUUAUCUUGGUGUAAUGGGCAGCAAGGAUUAGCAAGAAGUUGGGCAAAGCUUGACCGGAUACUAAUAAAUUCUAACUUUGGGCACAUGCAUGGGCAAGUCACGACAAGACUUCUAAGCAUAAAAACAUUGGACCAUUCUCCUAUUUUAUUAAACUUUACGAUGAAAGAUGAAAGGUAUGGAUUGGCGCCUUUCCGUUUUCAGAAUAUGUGGACCUCACAUGACGGAUUCUUAGAGAUGGUACAUAAUUCUUGGAACGAACUGAUGAGGCGGGAGUCAGGAUUACUUAAACUGGUCGGGAAGUUAAAAGGGCUUAAACAGAAAAUGAGGCAGUGGAAUAGAGAGGUUUUUGGCCAAGUGGAUGUAAUAAUCAAAGAACUGGAGGAGAGGGAAGAAAUCUACGAGGAGGCUCUUCCGGAAAAUUACUCGGAGGAAAUUGAGCAAGAGUAUCUUAUCACAAAGGUGGAAUUGGAAAUUUGGUAUAAAAGGGAAGACAUGAGACUAGCCCAACAAGCAAAAAAAAUCUGGUUAGAGAAAGGCGAUAAUAACACCAAAUAUUUUCAUGCAGUCUUGGCUCAUCGUAGAAGGAAUGCAUGUGUUAAAAGCAUGAACCUGCCAGACGGGUUAGUAUUGGGAUCAAUGGAAUUAGUACAUGAGGGGGCGGUCAAGUAUUUUGAGGAUUUCUUAUCUAAAGAAGAAGACGUCGAACUUCCGUGCUUGAAUAAUCUGAUUCAACCUGCUGUGUCGGAAAGCAUGGUACAAAAACUGAGAACAGAACCAACAGAGAAUGAAAUUUUUAAGGCUUUUGCAUCCAUAAGUGCCGACAGCAGUCCAGGACCUGAUGGUUUCGGAUCCGCUUUCUACGUAUCAUGCUGGAACAUUAUCAAGGAAGACGUAAAGGAUGCUGUAAAAGAAUUCUACUCAGGUUGGAAAAGUAGACUGCUAUCACAAGGGGGAAGAUUGAUUCUAAUGAGACACAUGCUUUCUAGCAUGCCUCUUUAUUUACUCUCAGCUCUCCAUAUGCCAAAACUAGUGAUCCGAAAGGUGGAAGAGCCAUACACUAGACUGAAAGACUUACUAGACAAGGAUAGAUGGGAAGAUGAGAGGAUACAAAGACUGAUGGGUAGACAGAUAGCAAAUGAAGUAAUAGAGCUUGUUGGAAACUUAAAAAAUGAAAAGGAUAUUCUAGUGUGGUUACUAGAGACGAGUGGAAUUUUUUCCACAAAGUCAGCUUGGAAUGAAGUGAGAAUAAAGAGGCCGAAGUUAGAAUGGGCUAAAUGGGUCUGGCACAAACUUCUCCCUAAAAAGAUAGCUAUAUGCGUGUGGAGGGCAGCCUUUAAUUGUCUAAAUGUAGAUGAACAAAUACGUAAAAUUGGAAUACCACUUGCUUCAACAUACAACUAUUGCAAGAAACGACAGACUGAAGACUUAGAACACUUACUCGGCGAAGGGGAAUUAGCAGUAAGUAUUUGGAAAAAGGCAUCGGCUGAGAUGGGAGUCCCAUUCUGUACACAACAGAGCUAG